AUGGAGCCGAGUUCCUCUGGCACGGCCCGGAAGCGGGCGGCUUCGCCUCCGGCUCGUGUCAAGCCAGGCAACCAGCAGCCUCAAGCAAAUGGCCAGGAGCCGUCCAAGACGAUGGCCAACAAGAGCCCUUUAGUGCUAACUCGUACUGUUCAGGGUUUUCUCUUGCUUGGCACGCGGAUGGUGCAGCAAUCCAUGCGCAACGCGUUGUCGCCGCUGCUGGUGUUCAUGACCGCAGAGCUUGACAUCACGACAGUACAGAAGGGUAGCUUGUUGUCUGCUAUCGCCGCCGGGUACUUCUUCACCCAGGUGCCGGGCGGGAGACUAGCAGACCUGCUGGGCGCCAAAAAUGUGAUGACUGUGUCGCUUCUACUGAGCGCCCUGUGCUGCUUGGCAGUCCCGAUGUCUGUGGACACUUUUGGAAUGUCUGGGCUUUGGUGCGUCAUGGCGCUGAUGGGCGCUGUGCAGGGCCCGCUCUUCCCCACCAGCACGGUGUAUCUCAGCAAGUGGAUGCCAAAGAAAGUCGCAGGGGGGACCGAUGAGAAGGCAUGGGGCACCAGUAUGCUGGACAUUGGCAUCUCCCUAGGUGCUCUACUUGUUAUCCCUGUGGUCAACAGCCUGGCGGGGGUCUUGGGGUGGCGCCUCGCGUACCAGCUCGUUGGGGCCGCAAGCGUGGCCUUUGUUGGACUGUGGCAGCUCUUGGCUGCAGAGGAGCCAAGUAGGCCCGGGCGCUCUGAAGGUGCGACGAAUUUGUGCAGUGAGCAUAUACUGCAAAGGGCGGACCUUCGAAUUAGUUUUCUGAGCUUCCGCCUGGUGAGCGUGCAGGCCUGCAUCCAGGCCUGUGACCCAGAUCCCGACGUGGCCCUCAAAGCGCUGAGGGCGCUUGCCACGGACACCGGAGCGUUGGCCGGGCCGAGCUUCGACCAGGUGCUGGCGGCGGCGCUGCUGCGCCUGGCUGAGCGCCCACCCAGCUGGCGGUUGGUUGAGCCCUCGCUGCAGCUGGCCCAGCGGCUGUUAGAGCGCACGGGCGACCAACUGCCCACUGCCAAGGACAGCCCAAAAGUCUUAGACUUUCUCUGCAAUGCCAAGGCCCAGAGUGUGUUCCCUUUGGUGUGCGAGCGCUUGUCUGGGCUACUGGAGGUGCUGGUCAGCCCUACUUGCAAGAGCGCGGCUCAAGAGGAGGUGCUGUGUGCGGCCUUGUGCACCGCAGGGGUGCUGCUGAGGAGGUGGUAUGUGUGCACCGUGCAGGGGGAGCUGUCCAAAAUGCAGGUGGGCUUCCUGGCGCACUUGGCCGUGUGCGUCCUUAGCUCUGAGGCCCUCCGCGUGCAGGUGCUGGCUCUGAACCUGCUGCAGGCCAUUGCGGAGGUGGAGGUUUGCCCAGAGACCUUGGCGCGCUACUUUCCCGGAGUGUGCACCGCGCUGGCAAAGCUCCUUCUGAAGAAGGACGCCCAGGCGCGCUCCAAGGCGGUGGUGGCCGGCGCCAGCUCGCUGGGCGCCUGGGCGAGCGCCGUGUUGGCAGAGGCGCGGGUCUCGGAGACGCAGCUGGCGGCGCUGGAGCGGCGGCGGAACCAGGCGCCACGGAGCCUGGCGGAGGUUUUUGCGCUCAGCUCGGCCAACGCCGCGGCUAUCACAAAGGGGCAGGACAGAGGGGAGGAGGAGUGGCUGGAGGAGACGAGCCAACGCACCUCAGAGGUUUUGGUGGCUGUUUUGCAGACUGCUGCAGGCAGCCUCUGGUCAGAGAAGGUCUCCGUGCGCCAGGCGUUCUUGGAUCUGAGCAUCCAAGUUCUCCAAGAGUGUGGCAGGUGCCUCACCAGCGGUGCCACGGAAGCCUGCUUCGAGGUGGUUUUUGCGGCCUUGUCGGACACAGCUCAGGGCCCACAGCAAGAGGCGAAGGACUUCCUGCAGGAGCUUAUGUCGAGGUCAGGCGUGGAGCGGCAUCGUGCGUUUGGCCACCUGGACGAAUGGCUGGUCCGACUGGCCCAGGCCUUUGCCCCCACUCCGCGCCGCAUGGAUGCCGCGUCGGUCGCCAAGCGCCUGGCUCGCUUGGACGGCUUGCUUCAGGUCCUUGGGGAGUCCCAGUUGGAGCUGUCGAUGUCCGUGAAGCUGACGCGGUCGGUCUUCAACGCCUGCGCCCUGACCGCCGAAAACCUGCGCCAGCUGCUUUUGGACAGGAGGAGUUGGGCCUCCAUGCCAGGCACUGUGCUGAGCCAGGCGGAGUUCGUGAGCUUGUUCCCAUACGAAGCAGGUGAUUGCGAGGAGGACUCGGUCUCUGACUGGAUGAAACCGAUCAACAAGGGAUUGACGGAGUUGCCGGAUGUGGUGCAGACGAACCUGUGGCUGCUGCGAUCCUUGGUCUGGGCAGCUGGGGAUGAAGACUUGGCCAGGCGCAUCAAGUCCAUGCUGGGCCGCUUCACACGGGUGUUUGACGCCGAGACUCUUUUCACCUCCGUGUUUGAUGAUGAGGCCUGCAGUUGGUCGCAGGUGGAAGAUGACCAGGACCUCUUCCCUUCGGACCCUCAGGUGCUGAGUCCUUUGGAGGGCUCCCUACAUCGUCGCAGCGCGGCAAUGUUCGCCCUUUCGGCGUUCCUGGAUGCAACUUCAGGCGGUGUCGCGCCGCCCUGGCUGGUCCGCCAUUGCCUGAGCAUUGCGCUGUCCGCGCGCGCGGCUCACGUGCGCAAAGCGUGUGACGCUGAGGAAGAACGGGUGCUUCACGUGCUGUGCUCCCACCAGCUGCUGGUGUCUGUCUUGCAGGCCAUGGCUGCAAAUGGCACAAGGAUACACCAGCAGGUGAAGCGGGUCCUGAAACCGUUGUUGGAAGACUUGGGUGCUAGAUCCUUUGUGAUUUCCCUCGCAAGCCGCCGCUCCCUGAUGAUUCUACACCAGCUGCUGGUGGAAGAAGGCUCGCUGGCAGAGCCUGCUUGCGCUUCGCAACAGGCAGUGGGCCGGCUCUUGAUUGAGUAUGCGGACUAUUUGGUGGGGGACAUCUGCUUCCAGCUGCGAUUUGAGGCGACGAUGGACGACUGUGACAAGCUUCCACUGCUCCUAACUGCUGUAGUCCAGCAUGCCAGCCUCGAGAUGACCCCGUUCCUCACCGACGUAGUGCACAUGCUGCUGAUGACCCGCCGGGACUCGCAGCCAGCUUGGGUGCUCCGUGUCCUUGCCUGCAUGGUGCAACGCAUGGCCAUGGUGAUUUGCGAGAGCCGCCAGGGGACCUUCCACGCACAGGGCGGAGCUUCGGGCACUCCUUCGACCCGAAAAGCGCAGGACCGGCGCUCCGAGAGCUCCGCGGUGGCGGGGUUUCUGUCGGGGUGUGUGGCGUGGGAGCUGCCGCACGCCCGGCGCGAUGGUUUCUUCUUGGACGAUCUCGGCCGUCUUUUGGACGAGGAUCCGGAUCCGGAAGGGAAAGAGGAGGGAGGCUCGCAGAGCUAUGCCCCCGAGCGCCGGAUCGCGUCAAGCGUAGUGAUGUGGGCAAGGCACUACUUACAGUCCUCGGCGUCUUCUCGCCACCUGGCCCAUGUUGCAGUUGUCCACGGCUUCACGAUCCUAUCCACGCGUGUCAGGGACUUGCUGCCACAUGUACACGACGUGUGGCAGCAAGUGAUUCCAUCCUUCUCAGCCGACACGCCGCUAUCAGCCCAGACGGAUGCUUGCGUCUUGCUGAAGCACAUGGCAAGGCUCUCUGGCGACUUUAUUCAGCGUCGUUUCAAGGAGGAUUGCUGGCCCGGCCUGUGGGUUCGACUCAGCAAGGCGCCGGCAGCCGCUGCCGGCCUUUCGCCUGAGUUCAAGAUGCAGCGUGCGGCGCUGGAUUGCUUGGCAUUCCUUUCCGGGGACUCCGCAUUGGUCCAGGGCAUUUCAAAGCACUUGAUUGCCUUGGCGAUCAAGUUUUUGGGGCCUGCAGUGGCGGAGAAGCUCCGGCACCUUGCAUGGACCCUUCUGGAGUGCAUGGUGCAAGUGGACCCCGACCUUCUCUGGAUGUACUUGCCCGAGUUCCACGGGCGCUUCCCCGGGCUUCAUGGCGUGCUCUUGUUGAAGGAGGUGGGGGUCAUGCCCCCAGGCCUGGCGCCGGAGGAUGUUGAACGGCUGCAUCGCCUCAUUGAGUUGGCCGACAACCAGCCGUGGCGCCCCUGCGUGGCACUGGGCACCGGCGGGGAGCUCUGGGCCGCCUUCCUGCGGGGUGAGGGCCCAAACGCCAAAGGCCCCGACUUCGAAGGCUCCGAGAGCUCAGCUGCCAGCGAGGCCGAGGGUGAGCAGCCAAAAAGGGGGUUGUGGGGCGCGCUCACGUGCGUGCCACCUAGGCCGGCGUCGGCGACACUCGAUCAGACCCCAGAGAAGCUCCUUCUGGUGCUUAGCAGCAACAGUUGGCAGUUUGAAUUGAAUGGAUGGCCACUGCAGAGGCGAGAGCGAUGGCCUGAGCCUCGGGAGGUGAGCGAGAUUCUGAAGGGAGAUGUGGCGGACUGGGCAGAUGUGGCAGAUGUGUCGCCGAGGCCCAUAUUGCGUUCAACUACGGGGCGUGCGGCCGCCAAGUACCACUUGAUGGUCCCGCACGUCACCAACCUGCUGAUCAAGUCCUUGAAUCCCAUGCUCGUGAAAGCCGUGGAGAGGUGGGGCCUGGAGCUGAGGGCGGUGAGGUGCUUCUUCACCGCCUCCGGCUUCUUGCUGGCCGGUGCGUGCCUGCUGCCCGCGCGGGCGCCUGGGCUCGGGAUCAAGUGGCGCUGA